UAGAAACACAAUUUUCAGCAAAAUGGUGGCAUUUAUUUUUCUGUGCUGAGGAAAAAUUGUGAAAAAGUGUGGGAAAACAUUGGAAUUGCGGUGUAAAGUGAUGCAAAAAGUCUCUACGAACGUGUCACAGUCUGGCACAAACUGCUAAUUUGUCCACUGAAUCACAGAAUCGCCUGGAUUGGCCCCAGAGUCUCCUGAGAUGCUCAAAUUGAUUUCGCAGUAGAAAAAAAAGUACAAUGAAUGAUCUGAGCAAGGAAACACAAUCCGUGGUCACUCCUGGCCCAUCGGCCUGGGAUCAGUUAACGGGAGUUGCAGCUGCUGCACCCCCAAUUGUCACAACUCCCUCAUCUUCUCAAAUUCCUGACCCAGGUACCCUAACAUCUCCCCCAGCCACGCCCACAAAACCGUCCCUGACUUCACCACCACCCGAAGCUGUAGCCCAUACGCCCCAGGGCGCCCCCCUUGCCUCCCCCGUCUACACCGAGGAGCUCCAUCCUGACCUCAUUGCCCAGGGAUGGCGGAAGUUCUGGUCUAAACGCGAAAAUAGACCGUACUUCUGGAAUAAAGCCACCAAUGAGAGUCUUUGGGAGCCUCCGCCCUUUCCGCGCCCCCAUGGCACCUUUGACCCCGUCACUGACCCUCUGGGCAUCUGCAAUGCUCCUCCUGGAGCUCAAGGUAAUGCCCAUCAGGCCCUAAAGAGACGCUCUUCAGAGGAUGUUGCUGCCCAGGGACAGCCUCCACUGAAGAAAUUCAUCCUGGCUGGGCCAUGGGAUCUCGAGAUCCCUACCAAUGUUAUCAUCCUGGAGAGAUCACCCGCCCCCAUGCUGCACCCUCAUCCGGAGAUUGAACUCAUGCGUUCCACUUACACUCUCAAGCUCAUCCGGACGUAUGAAGACUUAUGCCAAAGGCGGGAGAAUAUCAGGGCCCCAAAGGACUCUUUCAAUCGCUGGCUGAUGGAGAGAAAGUGUUUAGACCGUGGAAUUGAUCCCCUUCUGCCCUCACAGUGCUUUCCCGAAGUCUCUCCCUCAAUGUACCGCGAAAUUAUGAAUGACAUCCCCAUAAAGAUCGUGAAGCCCAAGUACACUGGGGCAGCACGGAAGCAGCUUUCGCACUAUGCCGAAGCGGCUAAGAAUAUCAUUGAGAGCCGUUCGGCGCCGGCUGAGAGUAAGAAAGUGGUCAAGUGGAAUGCCGAGGAGACGUUCCAAUGGCUCAGGCGGACUGUGGGGGCUAGCUAUGAGGACUUCCAGGAUCGUCUGGCACACCUGAAGCGUCAGUGUGAGCCCCAUUUGGUGGAGACGGUGCGAGAGAGCGUAGAGACGCUCUGCACCAAAGUGUACCACAUUUCGGUGGAGCACGUGAAGAAGAUCCGGGACAGGCAUGUACAAUUGCUGACAGAGAGUGGAAUACAUGAGCCUCCGCUGGUUCCGCCACCGCCUCCGGUCACCAGGAAAGUCUGGUGCUAUCCCGUUCAGUUUAUGAUUCCCUCACCUCGAAUGCCCGUGGUGGAGUACAUUCAGGAUCGUGAUCAUAUGGUCAUCAAGUACUCCCAGACGAGUCAAUCCCAGCCAGACACCCAGUAUAUCAAUCACACUCACUUGCAGAAAAUGGAACAACUGUAUCGCUACAGUUGCUACGACGAUAAGAAAUUCGAGUUGUUCAUUGGGCGGGUAUUCUGUGUCCUUAAGAGGUAUCAGACAUUCUUGUGCAAUACUUCCCCGGCGAGUCAAGAAGCCGAACUCACGCAAGCCUCCCUGCCGUGUACGGUCUUUGAGUGUCUCCAUCGGAAUUUUGGGGUGACAUUUGAGUGUUUUGCCAGUCCUCUCAAUUGCUACUUCCGCCAGUACUGUUCCGCUUUCAGUGACACAGAUACCUAUUUCGGAUCCAGAGGGCCCUUCUUGGACUUUAAGCCCCUGUCGGGAUCCUUCCAAGUCAAUCCACCGUACUGUGAGGAACUCAUCGAUGCCACUCUGCAGCACAUCGAUAAACUCCUCACGGAUUCCUCAGAGCCAUUAAGUUUUAUUGUGUUCCUGCCCGAGUGGAAGGAGCCCGUGCUACAGUGUUUGUCGCGGAUUGAGGAGAGUCACUACAAGAGACGCCAAGUGGUCGUCCUUGGGAUGGAGCAUGAGUACCGGCACGGCUACCAGCAUGUGUUACAAAAGUCGGAGGUGAAUGUGAAGAGUGUACAUGGGACGAUGGUGGUUUGGCUGCAGAAUAAUGCUGGCUUCAGCCGCUGGAAUCCCACCGAUAGUCGCGUGGAGGCUCUGCUGGAGGCCUUUAGGCCGGGCAGGGAGCGCGAACGUGAUAAAAUACCCCAGGCAGAGCCCACAAAUAGUCAACCGACCGAAACGGCCACGGAGGUCAAGUGAGAAAUGUUGGGAUCUCAUUCUCUGGAUCUUCUCUCAGAACUUCUAUUUUAAUUCAAUUUUAUUUUCUUUUACUUUCACGUAUUUUUUUUAUAUAAGAAAAUAUUCUCACACAUUCAACCACCCACAAGUUUUCUUUUUCAGUAAAACAGUAAAAAAAAAAGAUUGGGUGAGAAAAUGCCCAGAAAAAAGAUCAUUUUAGCAAAGAAAAAAGGGAUAUCUUCAGAUUAACGUGACUUUUUAUUUAAAAAUUACCAUAUUUUGCAGGGAUGUAGUACGAAACUUCCUGGGUAAGCUAUAUUAGAAAGCAAUUUUAGGCCACGCCCCCUUUAUUUAAGUGGGACGCGUCUACAAAUUACCUCUGAAUUACCAAAAGACUUAUUAAUAUAACUUACUGCAUUAAAAAUUGACUGAUCCGUUGCGGAUGUUUUAUGUUUGGAAUAAAGGGGCUUAAGCUUCUUCUGAAGCCACGCCCACUUCUUUGCAUUAUCCCCACCUCAGGAGACUAAGUUUUAUCCAGUAUCCCAUAAUGUUGGAGGCCGUGCUCGCUUAUUUUCAUUAUCCCCUUCCAAAGUUUAAAGCAGGCCUGAGCUAAAAGAAAAGCCGAAGUGAAUUUGGUGGUGCCUGUUGGCAUUCUUCGAAAUGCCGCGAAAAUUCACGUAGAGAAAAUGAGAGGUUUUUCAAUGUGAAAAUUGUUUAAUUCCUUAGAGUUAAGUCAUUUUCACAAGAAAACUCUUUUAAUAAUUUAUUUGAAUACAGUUAUUUGGGUUAAUUGUAAAUAAUUGUCGAUAUUACAACAAAAACAUUGGGAUGAAAUUUUGAGCUGGAAGACUCAUAUUCUUUUGAGCUGUCCCAAAAUUGAGGAUAGGUUUGAGAAAAACCCUUUUGUACAAUACUAUUUUGGUUAAUAAGGAAUGCAAAAGUAUAUAUUACAGGAAGGGACACGACCUGCUAAUAAGGAUAAAAUAGAGAAGAAAAUAUUUUGUCGCAAUUUGAAGAUUUUUUGCAACAGAAGCGCCGCCAGACGUUUGUCAAAUGAGUUAUUUGUGUCUCUAUCUCUCUCUCUCUCACAGUUGAAUUGCGCGCGAUUUAAGAACUUUCCAUUUGAAGUGAUAUUUGCAAUUAAUUUCUUUGUAUUUCUGCAAGAUUCAAGUAAAAGCGUGUGUAGUGAACAGCUAUCCGUCUUCUGACAAAGAUAUCAAGAAGAUAGCCAACGGCCGCAGCGAUUCCACUGGGUUUCCAGCAGCUUUUUCUGCCAUGUCCGCUGAUUUUACCGCUAAAAAUCCGCGUGGAAUUCUCUGGAUUUUACCGCUCAAAAUCCGCAUAGGCUUCCGAGAUGGAAUUUGGCGCUAAUUUUCUUCCUAUCGUUCCAUGGACGUUUGCGGAACUCUGUAUAGGACUGUCUAAUAAGAAAUGUCCGCGAGCUUCCAUGGUCUUUUCUCCGACGAAUAUUUCCGCGGCUUUUCCUAUGGAUUAUUAGCGUAUAAUCGGCAGUCAGCCCUUUAAAAAUUCGGAAAAAUCUUCUAUAUUUCCACGAAAUUAUCCGUGGAAAUUUUCAUGCAACGGCCUUAGAGGCUUCCGCGGUUUAAUAUUACAGAAUUCCACGACUUUUCCAGUGGAUUUUUUUAAAUAUAUUUUUCUUCAAAAUAAUUCCAAAAAUUGAUUAAAAAUUUCGUGGAACUUACAUAGAGAAUUUCCACACAAAAAAACAUCCACAAAUAAAUGGACGAUCAGUGCCAAUUGGCGGUUUAGAACUUGGAGAGUAUUCAUCUAUCAGACGAACACUCAAUUGUUCUACUUUUGAGUUGAAAAUAUUGCUACCAUAUCGUUCAUUUGAGUAUGUCUAGCUCGCAAGAAUUAUAGCGUUAGGGCGAAAAAUAAUUGCAGAAUUUUCGCGUUUACUUCCAUGGAGUCUUGGUCGGAAAGAUAUCAGAAAAUAUACUCGGAAUAUUCAAAGGAAAUUUUGAAUCAAUUUCCAGGGAAUGCUCUCAGAUAUGUUGCAAGAAAAUUCCUCGGACUUUUUUUUCUAGGAAAUCCACGCGAAAAAAAGCUGAUAAAUCCGCAGAAUUCCAAGCAGAAUAUUAGCGUUUAUUUCCACGGAAACUCUCGCGGAAAAAUAGAAGACAAAUUCCAGGGAAUUUUCUGUUACUGUGAAACUUUGCGCCCGAUCGGCUACAGGGAGACAAUUUCUUUCUACAGUAGACUCUCACUCAAUCGGCUCUUUUUCAAUCGGGCGACAAAUUUUGUUGACAAUUUUCAGGUUUAAUUAUGAAGCUAAUUCGCUCAAAUUCGCUGUAAUUCUUCCUAUUUUAUCGUGAUUCUUUAUAAUUGAGCGCUUUUUGUGGAAUUUACAAAGGCUUUGACGCCCAAAUCUAUUGAUAAACCGGAUGACAUUUUGCCCCAAAUGCCCAAUUGGGAGAGAGUCUACUGUAAAUGAGUUUUCAUGUCUGUUUUGUCUUUUUGGCGCAAAAAUAUUUAUCAUGACACCGUGAAUGAGCGGAAUUAGUGUUAUCAGGGUUACCAGUAUGGCUAUCUGUAAUUUCCAUUAAAAUUAUCAACACAUAUUACACGGCUUUUAACGAGCACAGGUCUGAUUUAAAGGUACCCUAUAAGACUGUUAUAAAUAUGCUGGAACGCCCUUUUUUUCAUAAUUGUCACCCAAAACCUCUUUUUAGGACCCGCCCAUUUGCUCGCGCUGUCUUAACACACAUCAUUUAACUUUUAUUUACUGUCUUGACAGAUCCUCUAAAAUACGAGAUAAAAGUAGAAAAAUUAAGUUAUGCCACGCCCUUUCAGAAAUGCCGCCCAUUUGUUUCGAGGCGGGGCUUAUUUUUCUGUGGGCGGGAUCCCUUCAGACUACGCCGAGAAUUCCGAAUUCUAAAAUUCAAUUAGUGUUAUACCUUUCUUUGAGCACAACUCUUAAAGGGGGCGUGGCCUAAAAUUAUUUUAUUUAAUAAAGUUUACUCUGGAAACCUCAUAAAACCGUUUAGCAAAAUUUAGUAUUAAAAAAAAAGUUAUAUUAAUCUGAAGUUAUCCCGUGAAAAAAAACUACUUUUAAGAAAAUUUAUAAAUAUAGAAAAUAUUACUUUUUAUUCAAUGUUCUUUAAUCUCGUCUAGUUGAUGUUGAAAACAAAAAAAAAUAGUUAAUGAAGAAAAGAGAAACUUUUUUUGUGGAUAAGAUAUAAUUGAUAAUACGGACAAAUUUUAUGAGAUAUCUCUUUGCAGAUUUUUAAUUAAAAAGAAAUGCCAUAAAAAAUACCCAACAACCCCCUAAUUCAAUGAAUAAAGCAUUGUUAUCAAUGCUCACUAUUGUAAAUAGACAAUUCCUUUUUGUAAAAAAAUAAGAAGAAAGAAACGAUAGAUCAUGCAAAUCGCAAAGUUUAUGUUUUUCUUUUUAGACUAAAAGUUUACGAUUCCCUUUUGGAUAGAAGAAAAAGCGGAAGAAAAAAAACAAAAGAAGAGAAAGGAGUAAUUAAAAGACACAUUCGAUGUAUUAAAUGUUCCAGUUGUGUAACUUUUCACAAAUUAAACUUUAAAGAAGAAAGAUUAAGCAGAA